GGUCCCGGAGAAGUGUCACUGGCCCUUAGUGGGACCUGGCAGCCCGUUCUUUCCGCGCCGGCGGCCUGUCUCCGCGGCUCGGCGGGCUAGGGCAGGGGAAAUGUUGCAGGAGGAGUCGGAUAUCUCUCUCAUUAUUGCCCAGAUAGUCCAAAAGCUCAAGGGCUCCAAUUUGUACGCUCAGCUGGAACGGCAGGCCUGGGCCAGUCUUCAGAGACCUGAGAUUAAACUUGAAUCACUAAAAGAAGAUAUUAAGGAAUUCUUUAAAAUAUCAGGUUGGGAGAAGAAACUUCAGAAUGCUGUUUAUAGUGAACUUAGUGUAUUUCCUUUACCUAGUCAUCCUGCUGCACCUCCUGAACAUCUUAAAGAACCUUUGGUAUACAUGAGGAAGGCACAGGGAAGUUGGGAAAAAAGAAUUUUGAAGAGUUUAAAUAGUAUGUGCACUGAACUGAGUAUCCCAUUGGCACGAAAGAGGCCAGCUGGAGACCAGAAAGAACUUCUUAAUAAAUGGAAUGAAAUGGGAACCGACGAACCAGAUUUAAGCCUUUUCAGACCUGUUUAUGCACCUAAGGAUUUUCUUGAGGUAUUAAUUAAUCUUCGCAACCCAAAUUAUGAAAAUGGUGAUUCUCUUAGUUUCAGGACUCAUUUGGGUUUAAUCCAAGUUCCUCUGAAAGUAAAAGACAUCCCUGAAUUGAAAGAAUGCUUUGCAGAACUUGGCUUAAAUACAGGACAACUGGGUAUAGAUGACUCUACACAAGUGCCUCCUGAACUUUUUGAAAAUGAGCAUGUGCGUAUUGGGCAAAAAGUUCUAGCAGAACAAGAUAGUGCUGCGGCUCAACAGUAUAUAAGACAAGGCAGUCCCACAGCACUGAGAGCUGAACUGUGGGCUCUCAUUCUGAAUAUUUCCAGUCAACCUGAGGAUAUCUUGUAUUAUGAGCAGCUUAAGACCAAUGUGAUACAACAUGACCUUUUGGUGGACAGUCUUAUUUAUAAAGAUGUGAAGUUGACAGCAAGCAAUGAUGAUUAUUAUUUUGUAUUUGAAGAUUAUUUAUAUCAGGUAUUACUCUGUUUUUCCCGGGAUACAUCUGUGUUGAGUCACUUUGCAUAUAACAGUGCUUCGCCACCGAAAUCAUACAUAAGAGGAAAACUGGGACUAGAAGAAUAUGCUGUCUUUUAUCCACCAAAUGGUGUUAUCCCUUUUCAUGGAUUUUCAAUGUAUGUUGCACCACUUUGUUUUCUAUACCAUGAACCUUCCAAAUUGUAUCAGAUAUUCCGUGAGAUGUAUGUGCGUUUUUUCUUCAGACUUCAUUCCAUUUCUUCUCAUCCUUCUGGUAUUGUGUCACUCUGUUUGCUGUUUGAAACUCUUCUUCAAACUUAUCUUCCCCAGCUCUUUUAUCAUCUACGAGAAAUUGGGGCACAACCACUUCGCAUAUCAUUUAAGUGGAUGGUUCGAGCUUUCUCUGGAUACUUAGCUACAGAUCAACUCUUGCUUUUGUGGGAUAGAAUCCUCGGAUACAACUCUCUGGAAAUUCUUGCUGUCCUGGCAGCUGCCGUGUUUGCUUUCCGAGCAGUGAACCUGAUGGAGGUGACAUCACUGGCCGCAGCUGAAGCAGUUCUUGCUGACCUUUCUACUUUAAAAGUUAUGCCUCUUCUUCAGAUUUUUCUGUUUGCUACUGUCACUUGAUCUUCUUCAAGGUCACUGACAACAAAUCUAGUUUUUCAUUAGAAACUAAUCAUGAACUAUGCAAACUCUGCAUAAAACCAAAAUUAAACUUUGCAUAUAAGCCAAUAAAGAUCAUGUUCCCUCCUCAGUUAAA